AUGAAUUAUACACCUUUAGAUGAAAAUCAUAUGCAGCACAAGGCUGCAACUGUUUUGUGCUGCAACUGUGGUGUCCCAAUGGAUGGAUCAACAGGUUUAGUAAUGUGCUAUGACUGUAUUAAACUUACAGUGGAUAUCACGGAAGGUAUUCCAAGAGAAGCGAACGUGUCCUUCUGCAGAAACUGUGAAAGAUUUUUGCAGCCACCAGGUCAAUGGAUUAGAGCUGAGUUGGAGUCUCGGGAACUUUUGGCCUUGUGUUUGCGUCGACUAAAAGGUUUAAACAAGGUUAGGCUUGUGGACGCUUCUUUCAUAUGGACAGAACCACACUCAAGACGUAUCAGGAUAAAGCUUACGGUUCAGGGUGAAGCCAUGGCAAAUACUAUUAUUCAGCAAACAUUUGAGGUGGAAUAUAUUGUGGUUGCGAUGCAAUGUCCUGACUGUGCCAGAUCAUACACGGCUAAUACUUGGAGGGCCAACAUUCAAAUCAGACAGAAAGUUCCACAUAAGAGGACCUUUCUCUACUUGGAACAACUUAUUCUAAAGCACAACGCGCAUGUUGAUACUGUUUCCAUUUCCGAAGCAAAGGAUGGUCUAGACUUUUAUUAUAGUCAAAAAAACCAUGCAGUGAAAAUGCUUGACUUUUUGAACUCUGUUGUUCCAGUGAAGACUAAGAAAUCGGAAGAACUAAUAUCUCAAGAUACCCACACAGGUGCCUCUACUUAUAAAUUUUCGUACUCAGUUGAAAUCGUUCCUAUUUGUAGGGAUGAUUUGGUGGUUUUGCCAAAGAAAUUGGCCAAGUCUAUGGGCAACAUUUCACAGUUUGUCAUUUGUUCAAAGGUAACCAAUGCGCUCCAGUUCUUGGAUCCUCAAACACUGCAGACUGCAGAACUAACGGCUUCGGUUUAUUGGCGUAAUCCUUUUAUGUCUCUAGCUGAUGUUUCCCAACUUAUCGAAUUUAUCGUGUUGGAGGUAGAGCCAACGGGGUACGUGAAUGGUAAACGAGUUUUGGCCGACAUCACCGUCGCAAGAGCCUCCGACAUGGGUGUUAAUGACCAAACAUACUAUGUUAGAUCACACUUGGGUGCUAUUUGUCAUCCUGGUGACAGCGUUAUGGGUUAUUUUAUUGCGAACUCUAAUUACAACUCAGAUUUGUUUGACUCAUUGAACUUUGACAGGAUUCCAGAUAUCGUAUUAGUCAAGAAGCAAUAUAUUAGGAAGACUCGCAAGAAUAGACACUGGAAGCUAAAGAGAAUGGCUAAGGAGCACAAGGAUAUCGAUGCCUCCAAUGAUUACUCUAGACAACAAAAGGUUGAUAUGGAGCGUGCUGAAAGAGACUACGAGCUAUUCUUGCAAGAGUUAGAAGAAGACGAAGAAAUGAGACAGACCAUCAACCUUUAUAAGAAUCAGAAGCCUGUUCAGGAGGAAGAAAUGGCAGACAGUGAAGAUGAGGACGCUCCACAGAUAAAUAUUGAUGAAUUGUUGGAUGAGUUGGACGAGAUGACAUUGGACGAUUUAACCACCGCUGAAUAA